ACAACUUUUUCAUGAAUCAAUUUUGAGCAUUAUGUUUACAACGUAGUUAUUAUAGCACGAAAUAUGAGUCUAAAAUGCCAAAUACUUGCAACUAUUAUGUUAAUCACUGAAAUCUUAGUGUACUAAUUGCUCGCUAUAAGCUAGGUUAUUGCGCCCCUAAACCAACGUACUGACAACGCUACCUCCCCUGAACUCAAACUUUAACGUAUUUGAUUGGCAUUGCUUUUGUGUAGUCUUACAAAUAUCGAGGCUGAGCCAAAGGAACUAUUUGGACAACUUAUCAGCCUUCCAGAACAUAAGGAACUAAACUGAACAUUCAUUGGUCCAAACUGACAUGAAGAUUGAUAUUCAUUGCCAUAUUUUGCCAGAGAAAUGGCCAGAUCUAAAAGAGAGAUAUGGUUAUGGUGGGUGGCUGCAGCUCCACCAUCAUUGCCAGGGUAAAGCCAAGAUGAUGAAGGAUGGUAAACUGUUCCGUGUCAUUGAUGAAAACUGCUGGUCUCCUGAGGCACGAUUGAAAGAAAUGGAUGAAACUGGGGUGACCGUUCAGGCCUUGUCUACGGUCCCUGUCAUGUUCAGUUACUGGGCAAAACCAGAAGAUACCCUGGAUCUCUGCGAGAUUCUCAACAAUGACUUGGCAGAUACCAUCAAGAGGCAUCCAAAGCGCUUUGUCGGUCUCGGCACACUGCCAAUGCAAGCCCCAGAGCUCGCUGUGAAGGAGUUGAAGAGAUGUGUGCAGGAGCUGGGCUUCCCUGGGGUACAGAUUGGGUCCCAUGUCAAUGACUGGAACCUGGAUGCACCCGACUUGCAACCCAUCUUUCAGGCUGCGGAGGAAAAUAACUGUUCACUAUUUGUGCAUCCCUGGGACAUGCAACUGGAUGGGAGGAUGCAAAAAUAUUGGCUUCCUUGGCUUGUAGGUAUGCCAGCCGAGACAGCCACAGCUGUAUGCUGUAUGUUGAUGGGCGGCGUCUUGGAGAAAUUCCCAAAACUUAAAGUCUGCUUUGCUCAUGGAGGUGGCGCUUUUCCAUUCACGAUAGGGAGAAUAGAACACGGUUAUAAUGUACGGCCAGAUUUAUGUGCAACAGAAAAUCCAAACAGUCCGAGACAAUACCUUGGUAAAUUCUGGACCGACUCUCUGGUACAUGAUCCCAUUGCCUUAAAGCUUCUUGUUGAUGUGAUUGGAGAGGACCGUGUGAUGCUUGGUACAGACUACCCAUUCCCACUUGGUGAGCACCAUCCAGGAAAGCUGAUCGAGUCUAUGGAGGAAUAUGAUAGUCAAUUAAAGGACAAAUUACUGACCGGAAAUGCGUUAUCAUUCCUCGGCCUCGACCGUCAAAAUUACGAGCCAGAGACCGCACCAUCAGCCGCUAACUCUGCUGAUGGAGACUCGCUUGAUCCCAGUGUGAAGAAAUUGAAAGUGGACUCUUAAAUGGUUUCUUUGUCAAACCUUGGAUGAGCGUCUAUCAAGAACUUGCUCAAAUCUUGAAUUGAAAACCUCAGGAUUCAUGUAAAGUGCUAUCUUAGAGUCUCAAGUCACCUAAUAUGAGUAUUUGUGUAUCACAUGUAUUCACUUCUCUGGCAGCUAGGUUGGAAGUGUUUUUAGUGGGGGUUUUCUCUCCACAAGGUGUCCCAAAAAACUGUCCCUGUGGAGAGAAAAAAGGUUGGCUUUUUGCUUAUCAUUUAUGUUCUACAUAGGUUGUACUGUUAUGUGUAGUUUGUGAGUGAAUUUAAUAAAGGGUAUACACGGUA